CGCCGGGUCACCUCCCGGCUCUAACCCUCCUGCAGGGCACUGGGCCAGUAGUCUGCGCGGUCCUCCCACUAUUUUCCACUGAGCGACAAGGCUGCACAUUGUGCUCAGACCGAGCGGCCACAGCCAAGGUUACACAGCCGCUUUUUCUCCCUCCGUCUGUAGAAAGGUAGGACAGCCUAUACAACCGCAGCUGCAACCCCCCCGCCCACCUCCCCAAAGUCCGACGCACUCGAUCCAGACUUUAUGGUGACAAAUGGAGACAUUUAAUCACAAACUAAACACCUACUUAGAGUCAUGGAUGGGUCCCAGAGAUCAGCGGGUGCGAGGAUGGCUACUGCUGGACAACUACCCACCAACCUUUGCACUCACAGUCAUGUACCUUCUGAUCGUGUGGAUGGGGCCCAAGUACAUGAAACACAGGCAGCCUUACUCCUGCAGAGGCCUCCUGGUACUCUACAAUCUGGGCCUCACGCUCCUGUCUUUCUACAUGUUCUAUGAGCUUGUUACUGCAGUGUUUUAUGGUGGAUACAAUUUCUACUGUCAGGACACUCGCAGUGCGCAGGAAGUGGAUAAUAAGAUCAUAAAUGUGCUGUGGUGGUACUACUUCUCCAAGCUCAUUGAGUUUAUGGAUACCUUCUUCUUUAUUCUACGAAAGAAUAAUCACCAGAUCACUGUUCUUCACAUCUACCACCAUGCCAGCAUGCUGAAUAUCUGGUGGUUUGUUAUGAACUGGGUACCCUGCGGCCAUUCAUACUUCGGCGCCUCCCUCAACAGCUUCGUCCAUGUCGUGAUGUAUUCCUACUACGGCCUCUCAGCCAUCCCCAGCAUGAGACCUUACCUCUGGUGGAAGAAGUACAUCACACAGUUACAGCUGGUCCAGUUCUUUUUAACGGUGUCUCAGACCAUGUGUGCUGUCAUAUGGCCGUGUGGCUUCCCCAUGGGAUGGCUGUACUUCCAAAUAAGUUACAUGGUCACGCUCAUUAUCCUGUUCACAAACUUCUACGUUCAGGCUUACAAUAAGAAAAGCAUUUCCUUAAAGGAACACCAGAAUGGCUCCUCUGUAUCGACAAACGGACAUGUCAACGGGACUCCAUCUACAGGAAGCACCACACACAAAAAACUGAGGGUGGAUUGACAUUUAAGAAUCCCUCUCAAUUCUCACUUUAGUGUGUUAGCUGAUGCUGCUAGAAGGUUUAUGUAUCUUCUUAUUUAGAAUAGUUAAGCAUUCACUUGAGAUGAAAAAAAAGCCAUAGCCACAAACUGUAUAUUCUGCAUUGUUUUGCACACAAUGCUAAUCAUGGUAAUAAUCCUUUAAUCAUAGUUAAAGGAGAAGAAUAUUGCACACUGGUUAACACUGCACAAUAAUGCUCAGACUUUCCCUCCAAAGCAAAUCUUUCUUGGUCGAGUCACACUUUGAAGAACUGAAGUCCAAAGAUGAACGCUGCUGCCGGUGUGUUGGCAAGCCAACGGUUUCAUCACACUCGGUGAUGUCUCUGCGCAGCCUGCAGGUCGUGCUUUCGAUGGACCUUAAUGUGUAACUAGAGCAUGUACUGUACCUGGUGUCUGGCUUUAUCUCACUCCUGUCUGCGCUGUUGCGUAAUGCUUAAUUUUGCCCGGCGUAGAUUCUUUGAGUAAGCUUUAAUAGCAAUUUUUGCAUUUUGCUGCACAGUUGCUUAGCAGGGCCCCCAGUCUGCAAUAUUAAGCAACCUUACCAAAGGAUAGUUUACUAUAUAUGCUCAGAUUUAGAGCUGGUUUUCCUCCAUUAAAAAAUAUUUACUGCAGCUUUAUCCAGUAUCUGCAAUUAGAAGAUAAAUCAGUACUUUAAAAUAAUAAACAAAACCCAUUAGAGUGCAAAGUGUGCUUAUGGAUAAUGCUCUAGGUAUCAAAUUUAUCUAGUGAAUAUAAUCUGAAUUGACUGCUAACUAAUUUAUUGCAUUAUUCAAACACAUAUGGAGAUAAACCAUAUAGUGAAGUUAACAGGAAAUGUUUAUUCUUGACUUAUGAAGUAGAUGCCAAAACAACCUCACCACAAGGUCCAUUUAGUAGCGGUUCUGAUAGUAUCACAUGGUCAUUUUCCUGCUGGUGCUCAGAAAAAUAAAUGUCUAAAGUUUGUAGUGAGACUGUUUUGUCAGACACCAACUUAACAUACUGUCACCAGAUUCACAUUUGUCUCACGAAGUAUGUUUACAUGCACAUUAUUUUUCAGAAUCUGACAAUAUUCUGAGUUUGACAGGUGUUAUGUAAACAGGGUAUUCUGUUUGGAUGAUCUGAAUUAGGAUUUUUCUCUGAAUGGAGCGUUUUGGGGCUGUGACAUGUAGAAUAUGCUGAUAUUAUCAGACGUUUGUAAGGAUUCUUUAUGAGAAAAUGAAUGUAAUUUGCAUGUUUUACUGCAAAUUGCAACACGAAGCCAUUGUUUACAAUCAGCUGGAGCAGAGGGAAAGAUGCAUUCAGAUAGAAAUGGAUGAAUUCAAGGAAAAGCUAAACAUUAUGACAGAGUUGGAUGUAAGAAAUAUUGAAAAACUGAUUUUUCCCAGAAGAUUUUUGAAGGAAUAUGGCGACUGAGUUCACACAGCGGAACAUCCACCAGUGAAUUCUUUUAACAUGUAGAUGCACAGCUGCAUGUAAA